GACGGUCACCAAGAAAAGCGUCGGCGGUUCAUAGAAAUGAACUUGGUUCCUGAAAAGGUUCCACCUAGUCCUGCUAGAUUUUCAAUGUCUCCAACACCAAAUAUCAUCGAAUCUGUUCAUUUGACUAUGAGUCAAGUCAGAAAAGCUACUCGAAACUUUUCACCAUCUCUAAGAUUGGGUGAAGGCGGGUUUGGGACCGUCUACAAAGCUCAACUAAACGAAGGUCAAGUGGUCGCCAUAAAACGUGCAAAGAAGGAACGUUAUGAUGCUCUAAAAAGCGAGUUUAGAAGUGAGGUCAAACUCUUUGAGAAGACGGAUCAUCGAUGUAUAGUGAAACUUCUUGGUUACGUUGAUGAAGGAAACGAGCACCUUCUUAUUACAGAAUACAUGCCUAACGGUACCCUUAGACAACAUUUAGACGGAAUUCGCGGAAGUUUCUUGGAUUUCAGUCAACGACUUUCAAUUUGCAUAGAUAUUUCUCAUGGCUUAACCUAUCUCCAUCAAUACGCGGAAUACCAAAUUAUACACCGAGACGUGAAAUCAUCCAAUAUUCUUCUAAACGAAAGACUCACGGCAAAAGUGGCCGAUUUUGGAUUCUCACGACUUGAAAAUGCAGAGACUAAUAAUACAACAACUCGUGUGCCUAAAAUAAAGGGCACACUCGGUUACAUUGACCCCGAGUAUAUGAGAACCAGCCAACUCACCACAAAAUGCGACGUCUACUCUUUCGGUGUUUUACUCAUAGAAAUUCUGACGGGCCGGCGGCCCAUUCAGCCGAGGAGAUCUCCAGAGGAGAAAGUGACAAUAAGAUGGGCGUUUGAGAAGUUCAAAGAAAAUCGUAUAUUCGAUUUGGUUGAUCCUCAAAUGAAAGAAUCCGUGGAUUAUAAAAUCUUUGAAAAUAUGGUCGAUUUAGCUUUUCAAUGUGCUGCCCCAUCAGGGGCGUACCGGCCAGAUAUGAAAAUGGUGGGAGAGCAGUUGUGGGCUUACAGAAUGGAUUAUCUCAGAAGAGACCGGCGAAAUUUUAGAUAAUUAAAGCUUGAAGCCUUCAUAUGUAUGAUGUAUCAAUCAAUGUCUAUAUACUACAAUGUAGACAAAAUCAACUAUAACAACAAAAUCGACCACCAUUGAUAUGCUAUGAUACUCUGUAGACUAAAUCAACGGUGAAAAGAUGAAUCGAGUUUAAGCAACAAUGAUCAAAUGAUUACUACCGUAUAUUUCAAUAACGGAAUGUGGUAAUCGUAAUCAUAUGAUCACAUACACUUUU